GUUCAUACUACGUCGCAUCCCGUCCAAAGGAGGGGGGCCAGAUCGUCAACCAAGACAAGAAGGUGAGCUAGAAGAUGUUCUGAUGUCCAGCUUUCCCAUCCAUCUGUUGUGACGGGUCUCUCACAUCUUUAGUUUUCCCUCGUCGGCAAAAUCUUCUCUUCCUUCGCUCACAUUGACCAUGGCAGUCGAGUCCCCCUUCGUCGCCACUGUGCGGUACGUCAAGCGCGACGAGACGGGAGAUCGCACCGGAAAGCCCUACAUCCUCCACUACGCAGCACCAGAGGGCUUUCCGCAAAACAACUUCGUGAUUGAGCCCGUCCACGGCAUCCAGAUACAUAACCUCCGCACAGCCAAGCUCGACUACAACGAGCACGGCAUGACUAUCGCAACCAUCGACGACAGCGGCUUGGAUCUCGACCGCUUCGAUGACGACGACUGGGUCGAGAGCGUAUACCUACCCCGGCUUCACGAAGCUAUCUGCCGCUCUCUGGGAGCUAAGGACAUGACGGUGUUCGACUGGAUGUUGCGGAAACGAGCCCCAUCGUUUCCCCGGCGUUGCGAGGGCGAGGACAACGUCGAUGCGCACCAGCCGUCUUUGUCGGCUCACAUCGAUUACACCGAGGCUGAGCUCGACUCGCGCGUCGACAGCUACUUUGGGACUGACAAGAACAAGAUGUUGAGUCGUCCCUACCAAGUCAUCAACAUCUGGAAACCCCUCUCGGGCCCAUGCCGUGACUUUCCACUCGCUUUCCUCGAUCCGCUGACCGUUGAUGCCUCCCAGGACCUCUUCAAGGUGGAUGAGGUCUUCCCGACGGUGGCGAACGAAGUCUUCCAGGUCUGCUACAACCCAAAGCAUACGUGGUAUUACAUUCCUGAUCAACUAGCUUCGGAGCUGGCUGUUUUCAAUGCCUUCGAUUCAAAAAGGGGCCAGAGUUUGGCCGUCCCACAUUGCUCGUUUGAUUUGGGCGAUUCAGGAUCGGGCAUCCCGAGACAUAGCAUUGAGGUCAGGGCUUUCGUGUUUUACUGAGCUGCUACACCCUUGGUUGUCGGGGUUAGGUAUUGGCGUUUGGAGGUCAAGAUCGAGGGAACUCAUUUGCUAGCCGACCAAAAAAAUAAAAAAUAAAAUAAAAUUGUGGUGAAAAAUCCCUUCAAGAGAGUUCUGCCCGUGCUCUGCCGCGCUUAUCUUACCCAUCUCUGUUUAGUUGCGUUGACGGAAGGCGCAGUCGGAUUGGACACGUU